AUGGAUUAGAAGUGCAAUUACGAAAAUCAUAAUAAAAUAAUUCUUUACUGUUGUACUAAUUUUUAAUGCAAAUAUUAAAGAACUGUUUGUGAUAUAUGCUUAAAAGAGUUUCAUAAUGAUCAUAUAGAUGAUUUAUAAAAUAAUGAAAAAUUGAUUGAAUUCAGAUAAAAGAAGAAGAUAAUUCUUGCAUAAAUAAAAACAUUCAGAUAAGAAUUUUAAUAAUUUUUUGAUUUUUUUAAUGAUUUUAUUACAAGUGUAACGAUAUCAGAGGAUGAAAAACUUGAAAAUUGUACUUUAACUCAAUUGAAUUUUUUAACCAAGAAAUUAGUAGUUUUAGAUCAGUUAUAAAAAUCUGGAUUGAUUGAAAAUACAUUAAAACCUUUAAAUAUUAAUAUUAAGACAACACAAUAAAAUAUUAAGAAUUUAAAAAAAGAAUGUAAAGAAAUAAUUUUUAUUAGUUAAAAAAGUUGAAAAUAAAUAGAUUCCACAAAAUAUUCAUCCUUAGAAUUAACCUAAUUUCUCUAUGUAAAAAUUAAUUUAAUUAUAGUUAACCAGGUAAUAAGAUUAAAUAAAAUUGUAUAAGAUUUUCUUAACAAUAUAAGGCUAGUAAUAUUGAACUUAUAAAUUCUAAUACUAUAGCAAUAAAUCAAAAUAGAACAUUUAGUUUGGUUUUAUGUGAACCAGGUGUCACCAGUCUUGAAUAAUAAAGAGAAUUUGCUUUUAAGAUUUUGAAAAAAGAUUGGAUAGCAUUAGGAAUAUGUCACAAAAGUCUUCUUUCAAAUUAAAAAUAUGAGGUUAAUCUUUGGGAAGAUCAUAAUCAUGGGUUAAAUUUUAUAAAAUAUGUAAGAUGUUAUCUUAUUGAUGAAUAAGGAAAGGUCUAUUCUAGGCUAAAUGCUAGAUAAAACAAUCGUACCAAAAAUUUUUCAUUAUCUGAGAAUGAUGUUAUAAUUAUUAAAGUUAAUAAAAUAAAAAAGGAAGUUGAAUGGAUUAAUUAAAGCAAAAAAGAAUAAUUGUGGGUAGAUUUAUAUAUAUGCAAAUAGAUUGCAAAUAUUGAUGUUAGUAAAGAUAUUUAUCCAGUAAUUUGCCUUUAUGAAUCCAGAAUCCAAAUUAUUGAUGAAUUCUGAAG